AUGUCUUUCUGUUUUUCACCGUAUUGCAUUUUCUACUUNCGUGCAACGGGAAUCCAUGCUCCCGGUGUUGGAUUGGACGCUGCAUCUUCCGCGUGCCGUUUCGACCAGGUCACACGGCUCUCCGCGGAUUUGGGUCAGUUGUUGUUGCGCUUGGAUUUCAAUCACUUCUAUAGCCGUACUCACGGCGACUUGGACGUCGAACGACCGAAUUCUGUGGCAUGGACUAAUGAUGUAGAAAUUGCCUUGGACUCUAGAUAA